ACUUUUUUUUUCAAUUGUGCGCAUUUCCCGUGUCUGCGUUUCCCUUCAAAUGGCUGCCAGCUGGUGUUUGGCAACGCUACGCAAAAUGCUGGAGCUUCUGCAAUUUGGUGGAAAGACCUUGACGCACACGUUAAGCAUUUAUGUAAAAACAAAUACGGGAAAAACUUUGACCGUGAACUUGGAGCCCCAGUGGGAUAUCAAGAAUGUAAAGGAACUGGUGGCCCCGCAAUUGGGACUCCAACCGGAUGAUUUAAAAAUCAUAUUUGCAGGAAAGGAACUGAGUGAUGCAACUACUAUAGAGCAAUGUGAUUUGGGCCAGCAGAGCAUUUUGCAUGCUAUCCGUUUGCGACCGCCUGUGCAACGCCAGAAAAUCCAGUCGGCCACUUUGGAGGAGGAGGAACCUUCUCUGGGCGAAGAACCCUCGAAACCCCUCAAUGAAACCCUUCUGGACUUGCAGCUGCAAAGUGAGGAGCGACUCAACAUCACCGAUGAGGAAAGAGUUCGUGCCAAGGCUCACUUCUUCGUACACUGCAGCCAGUGCGACAAGCUGUGCAAUGGCAAACUCCGGGUGCGCUGCUCCCUCUGCAAAGGUGGCGCCUUCACUGUCCAUCGAGAUCCGGAGUGCUGGGAUGAUGUCCUCAAGCCACGCCGCAUUCCCGGACACUGUGAAAGUCUGGAGGUGGCCUGUGUGGACAACGAGGCGGGGGAUCCGCCCUUCGCCGAGUUCUUCUUCAAGUGUGCAGAGCACGUGUCCGGCGGAGAGAAGGACUUUGCUGCUCCCUUGAACCUUAUCAAGAACAACAUCAAAGAUGUUCCUUGCCUAGCCUGCACAGAUGUGAGUGAAACUGUUUUGGUCUUCCCCUGUGCUUCGCAGCACGUCACCUGCAUCGAAUGCUUUCGCCACUAUUGCCGUUCCCGAUUGGGCGAACGUCAGUUUAUGCCGCAUCCGGACUUUGGCUAUACUUUGCCCUGUCCCGCCGGCUGCGAGCACUCGUUCAUCGAGGAGAUCCACCACUUCAAGCUGCUGACGCGCGAGGAGUACGAUCGCUACCAGAGAUUCGCCACCGAGGAAUAUGUCCUGCAGGCUGGCGGAGUACUCUGUCCUCAACCAGGAUGUGGCAUGGGCCUCUUGGUGGACCCCGAGUGCCGCAAGGUGACCUGCCAGAAUGGUUGUGGCUAUGUCUUCUGUCGCAACUGCCUGCAGGGCUACCACAUCGGGGAGUGCCUGCCCGAGGGGACGGGUGCUAGUGCCCAGAAUUCCUGCGAGUACACCGUGGACCCGAACCGAGCUGCCGAGGCGCGAUGGGAGGAGGCCAGCAAUGUCACCAUCAAAGUCAGCACCAAGCCCUGCCCCAAAUGUCGAACGCCCACGGAGCGAGAUGGCGGCUGCAUGCACAUGGUCUGCACACGCGCUGGCUGCGGAUUCGAGUGGUGCUGGGUUUGCCAGACUGAGUGGACACGCGACUGCAUGGGCGCUCACUGGUUCGGCUAGUCGUUCGUCGGCCCAAAGUGGCCAUUUUGUUUGUUGACUACUUUUAAAUUGUAUACCAUAGUAAAGACUGCUCGAGCAACACCCUG